CCCCGCCGCCGCCGCCGCCGCCGCCACCCGCCACGACCACCCCUCCUCCAUCCCCCCCGCGCAUGCGUUCGACCAGCACACAACCUUCGAGCCCGCGGUCUUCCCCCCCUCCCGUCUCGACACAUGAUCCCUCGGCCCUUCCCCUCCCAAUCCCCCCACGGUGGCAGUCUGGCCGACACACGACAAUCUGAUCCUGAUCCGGAACCGACCUGCUCGGCCCGGUCGUCCUUCCAGGUUCCAUCUCCAAUAUGCGAACAUCCACCAGCCUCGACUUCUCACAGUGGCUGUUCUUGAUCCUCUGGAUCCAUCGCUACCUCCGCUUGAUCGUGAACACGAUCAGCCAUUGGCUCUACAAAUCAUAUCCAAUUCCCGCCAAACCGUCGUACUCAUCCAAGGAUGUGACGGUCAUCAUCCCCACCAUCCACAAUAACUUCGAGGAGUUGAGGGAGGCUCUGCAGAGCAUCCUCGCCUGUCACCCCUAUGAGCUCCUCCUCGUCACGACCGCGGACAAAUAUCAGAAGCUCCUCUCGUUUGUCAAGACGCUCGAGGCGCCCAACGUCCGCGUCUUCCACACCCCCAUCGCGAAUAAGCGCAUCCAGGUCUGCGAGGCCAUCCCCCGCGUCAAGUCCGCCGUCACCAUCAUGGCGGACGACGAUGUCACGUGGCCACGCACGAUCCUGCCCUGGCUCUUGGCCGCGUUCGAGGAUGCGAGAAUAGGGGGUGUUGGUCCCUGUCAGCGCGUCAAGCGAAUCCGGUCCGGGCCUAUUGCGGCACGGAUCUACAAUUGGCUGGGCGCGGCCUACAUCGAGCGACGCAACUUCGAGAUCUCGGCCACUCACGGGAUUGAUGGCGGCACCUCGUGCAUGUCGGGCCGGACCUGCGCCUUCCGAUCGGAGAUCCUGCAGAGCCCCCUGUUCCUGGACGGCUUCAAGACGGAGCGCUGGGGCAAGUUCCAGCUGAACGCGGACGACGACAACUUCGUCACCCGCUGGCUGGUCUCGAACCGGUGGAAGACGUGGAUCCAGUACAACCGCGAGUGUGAGAUCGAGACGACGCUCGAGAACAACUCCAAGUUCCUGUUCCAGUGCUCGCGGUGGGCGCGCAGCAACUGGCGGAGCAACUAUACCAGCCUCUUCACCGAGAGACACGUGUGGACCCAACAACCCUGGUCGACGUAUGCUCUGCAUAUCGCCACGUUCACGUCUCUAUCCUUCGUCUUCGAUCCGCUCAUCAUCUUCUUGACCAUCAAGGCGACGCAGAACUGGUCGCCCGAGCAUCAGUGGAUCGCACUUGGCCUGCAGCUCGCCUUCAUGCUGUUCUCCAAGGUCAUCAAGCUCGUCGGCCUCUUCAUGCGCGAGCCCUCUGAUCUGGUGUUUCUGCCGGCCUCGAUCCUGUUUGGGUACUUUCAUGGCCUGAUCAAGUUGUACGCGCUGUGUACUCUCCGCGUGACAUCAUGGGGUAGCCGUGCAGACGGUGAUGCCAAUGAUAGCCAUCGUAUGAGUCCUCGGGCGCGGCGGAGCGAGAGCAUCACGCUGCCUCCAGGGAAUCACCCUGGACUCAUUCGGUACAAGGACGAUAAGGUGUUUGCAAGCGAGAAGCCAAGCGAGAAAUAUGUCGAGACGUAUGUCGAGAAGUAUGUCGACAAGUAUGUCGAUGCGAAGUUUGAGAAAUUCGAGACAUUCGACGAGAAGUAUGUCGAUGAGAAGCCAAGCGAGAAAUAUGUCGAGACGUAUGUCGAUGAGAAGUUUGAGAAAUUCGAGACAUUCGACGAGAAGUUUGACGAAAGAUUCGACGACAAAUUCGAUGACAAGUUCUACAAGUUCAUCGGCAGGAAGGUCGAGAACACCGACAUCGAUCUUGACUCCGCUAGCAAUAGGUACUAUGAUACCAACGAUUCCGAGCAUUCAGAGACAGAUACAGAUACAGAUUCCGAUUCUAGUUUCAGUUCUAGUUCGACAGAGAUGGAGAGCCGUGGACGCUAGUGCAGCAUAACUCCACGGGUCUCCGUCUGCCAACGGCAUUGACCCGCGGCCCGAUGAUUUAUGAUUUACGAUUGACCCUAUGAGGGUGAUGUUGGUGGUUUCUGAAUGUUGCAUUGCAUGCGCUUCUUCUAGGCAGUAGGGUAUUCAGGGUACUGAUUCGGCAAUGGCCACGAGGCGGGAGGCGGGAUUGUAUGUUUCCUAGGUCAGGGGAAAGAGAAAAGAAGCUGCGGGGUGUUAUGCAGCAUCAAAAAUUCC